AUGGGUGUGAGUGUGAGGAUUCUUUGUGUUUGUUUUGUGCUUUUCAUGGCAAUUGAAGCAAUAGAGGUUGUUCCUAAUGCUGCACCAAUGGAUUCAAUUUUAGAGAAUAAGAAUAUCUUCAAGAAAAGGCGAUCCCGGCCCCCGUCCCGCUCUCGCCCCAUCGACUACACAUUCAAGCUUCCAACUGCACCAACCUCUUGGCCAGAAGGUAAUGGUUUUGCAGGUGGAAUUCUUGAUCUAGGUGGGCUACAAGUGUCUCAAGCAUCAACAUUUCUCAAAGUUUGGGGUGCUUACGAUGGUGGCCUUGACAAUCAAGGCGCCUCAGUAUACGAACCAAUUGGAAUACCUGAAGGAUUCUCUAUGUUAGGUAGCUACAGCCAACCCAACAACAAACCUCUUUUUGGAUAUGUUCUUGUUGCAAAGAAUGUCUUUUCAAGUACCACUAAUAGCACUUUAAAACCACCAGUUGAUUACACAACUGUAUCAAACACUGCAUCCAUCAAGGCUACUCAAGAUUCCACUUUGUAUAUUUGGCUACCAGUACCACCUGAUGGCUACAAAGCAUUAGGCCAUGUUGUCACCACAACACCAGACAAGCCUCCCCUCGACAAAAUCAUGUGUGUCAGAUCAGACCUGACAAACCAAUGCGAGUCUUCUUCAUGGAUAUGGGGAUCCAAUGACAUCAACUUAUAUGAUGGUAAGCCAAUCAAUAGAGGAACUCAAGCUCCCGAUGUUCGCGUCGGAACCUUCAUUACACAAAAUGGUGGGAAUUUUAACCCUCCAUCUAUUUCAUGUUUGAAGAAUCUCAAUUCUAUUUCAAAAAUCAUGCCUAAUGAGAAACAAGUCGAGGCAAUACUUCAAGCUUACUCUCCAUUUCUAUAUCUACAUUCUGAUGAAGAAUACUUACCUUCUUCAGUCAAUUGGUUUUUCUCCAAUGGAGCAUUACUAUACAAGAAAGGUCAAGAGUCAAGUCCUGUUCCAAUAGAACAAAAUGGUACUAACCUUCCUCAGGAUCCUAACAUUGAUGGUGCCUAUUGGCUAGACCUACCUGCUGAUAAUGCAAACAAAGAAAGAGUCAAAAAAGGAAAUUUACAAAGCGCGGAAUCUUAUGUACAUGUGAAACCAAUAUCUGGAGGAACAUUCACUGAUAUUGCAAUGUGGAUAUUUUACCCUUUCAACGGACCUGGAAGAGCAAAAGUAAAGUUUCUAGAUAUUAAAUUAGGGAAAAUAGGCGAACAUGUUGGUGAUUGGGAGCAUGUUACAUUAAGGGUAAGUAACUUGGACGGUAAGUUAUGGCAUGUGUAUUUCUCACAGCAUGGUAGUGGUUCAUGGAUUGAUUCAUCUCAACUUGAGUUUGAUACAACAAAAAGACCGGUUGUUUAUGCUUCUUUGCAUGGCCAUGCAACAUAUCCACAUGCUGGUCUUGUUCUGCUAGGAAAAAAUGGUGUUGGGGCAAGAGAUGAUACUAAUAAAGGUAGAAAUGUUAUGGAUAUGGGAAAAUUUGUGUUGGUUUCUGCAGAUUAUUUAGGAUCUGUUAAAGAGCCAGCAUGGUUGAAUUUUUUUAGAGGGUGGGGUCCACAUGUUGAUUAUAGUAUAGAUGAUGAGUUGAAGAAUGUGGAGAAGUUAUUGCCAGGGAAGUUAAAAGAUGGGUUUGAAAGUAUUAUUAGGGGAUUACCAAAAGAAGUGCUUGCAGAGGAAGGACCAACAGGUCCAAAGGCAAAGAAUAAUUGGAAUGGCGAUGAAGUAUGA